ACAAAAUAGACGUCAUUUGUGUCGUAUAUGUUGUGUAUAUGUCUUGAAGUGCGCACCCAUUGGUUGUGUCCGACAUUUGCCGCAAACAAUCGCUAUCUUAACGACUGAUUCAUUGUUUUUGUUGAUCGCAGACCUGAUUGCCGAAGACGACCACUGAAUCGUUGAAUACGACUGCAAUCACUAUUGCAAUCAAACUUAUCAUCACUUUGUUUGAUCCGAUUGUCGACAUUUAUUUUGAAGACACGUUUUUUUGUGUGUUAUUUCAAUCAAUUGUGUGUUUGUUUUCAAGUGGUAUACGGUUUGAGAAGAUUUUAGCAAACAAUGGCCGAUAAGAUAGACAUGUCUUUGGAUGAUAUCAUCAAACGCGACAAAAUUAGUACCGGAAAGACUCGAAGGGGAGGACAGGCCGGCGGUGGCGCCCGAAGAGGUGGUCCACAGAGAGGAGGCACACAAAGAGGCGGUCAAAGAGGUGGCGGAGGAGCUCAAAGAGGAAUCGGUGGCGGAGGUCCGCAACGAAACCUAAGAACUCGUAGCCGACAACAGCCUUACAGUCGGCCUAAUCAAAUCCCAGACCGUUGGCAACACGACAUGUUUGACAACUCAGGUCUCAAGAAGUUGACGACUGCCUCCAACGCCAGCGCACAUCUUAUGGUCUCAAAUCUCGAGUUUGGUGUUACAGACGCUGAUAUUCAGGAACUAUUUGCCGAAUUCGGAAAUCUCCGAAAAGCUGCCAUACAUUAUGAUCGAUCGGGCAGAUCAUUAGGAACCGCUGAUGUCGUAUUUGAGCGCAAAUCAGAAGCCAUGAAAGCUAUGGAACAGUACAAUGGAGUGCCACUCGAUGGCCGAGCGAUGAAAAUUCAGCUAAUGGUCAACAACGACACUACCACACAAAGAACCGGUAAUAUCAGUUCCAGAAUUGGAGCACCAGUUGGAAAUAGAGGCCGUGGAGGUAACAACAACAGAAGUUUUAGCAGAAGUGGUGGAGGAGGUGGUGGCGGACGCGGCGGCGGUGGUCGAGUUUUACGAAGAGGAACAAGUGGUCGAGGAGGAGGAGGAGGAGGUCGUGGUGGACAAAGAGGAGGACAAAAGAAAGUACCCACUGCUGAGGAACUGGAUGCUGAAUUGGAUGCCUACAGCAACAAGAUGUGAAUUAUUAUUAUUGUUUUUUCAUCACAACAUUGAAACCCAAAUCACCCAAAAAAAUAUUAUUGACUUAUUUUUUGCUCAUUUAAUUAUAAUUUUGUUUGUAUACUAUAGACAUUGUUUUUAUUAAUUAUUGUUUAAUUAAGUAAAAUUCAGACCGUGUUUACAACACAUACACACACAGACACUAUUUCGCUGUAAUUUUUACAGAUUUUAAAAUAUAAAAAAAUAAAACGUUAAUAA